CCCCGUUUAGUAUCAUUUUGUUGUUGUUGUGGUUGCAGUGGUGUUGUGUAAACAGAUGUACAACCACAACAGGAAAAAAACAGAAAACACAAACCUGUCUAGUUGUUAAAUCUAAAAAAUCAUGAAAGCUGGCAACAAGAAACAAAAUCGUGUUUAGUUACUACUAUAAGAACUAAAACCCAGACUAGAGAGAUAUGUCCUCAAUAUUAGGCACUGCGAAUGAUGCGGCGGCGGCAAGGGGAAUGGGAGGCGGUGACGCAUGGUCGAGCAGGGCGUCUGCUGGUGCGGCGGGAGGGUGGUCGCGACGGGAGGGGAAUGGGGAGCCGGCAAGAGGGUGGUCGCGCGGGGAGGGGAAAGGGAGGCGGCGGCGCCUGGUCGCGCGGGGCGUCUGCUAGAGCGGCGGGAAGGUCGUCGCGGCGGGAGGGGAAAGGGUGCCGGCGGGAGGUUGGUCGCGCGGGGGCUUCUGCUGGUGGCGGCGACCGGUGCGCGGGGUGGGGAAAGGGAGGCGGCGGGAGGGUGGGUGAGAGGUUGGCGAGGAGGCGGCUAGGGGAAAGGGUAGAGGGUUUGGGGGGAGCUGUUGGGCGUAGGGUUUGGGAGAAAAUGAGAGGGUAGAGGGUUUGGGGGUAAAAAAAAAAAGAUGGAAUUUUGGUUGAGGUGGGAUUCGAACUGUGGGUUGGUUUAAUGAAAACAGACCCUCAAC